CAGAGCUGGGCUGGCGGACGCGAGGCCGCGGGAGGGCGGCUGCGACGCCGUGUUGGGUCGCGCUCGGCGGGGAGGCCGAGGUGGCCGCAUCAGUGCUGACGUGGGGCGACGUGGGCCGGCGCCGGUCUCGGUGGGGCCCGUCGUCCCACCUCCUAGCGUCCGUAAGCAGUGACGAGGCCCGCUACGUAAAUCGCUUCGCGGCGGCAGCGGAUUCUGCUGUUCAUUGACUGAAAUAGACGAAAGCAGGCACCAGGAUAAAUAAAGAAGAAAACGAAGGAGCAAAGCAUUGAUUACAAAUGUCUUAAUAAUGAGCAAAUGUGGCAGGAAAAAAUAUAUUAAAACAAAUCUAAGACAAAUGACCAUGGAAACAAUUGACUCUCAGCAGGAUGGAAGUAUACCAGAUUCUGUGGCAGAGAGCAAAUCUGCUCACAUGCAGACGCAGACUGGUCAAAAUUCAAUCCCCACUUUAGCUCAGGUUUCUGUAGCUGGGUCAGGCACCGGAAGAGGCUCCCCAGCUGUAACUCUAGUACAGUUACCUUCAGGCCAAACUGUACAUGUCCAGGGAGUAUUUCAGACACCACAGCCAUCGGUUAUUCAGUCACCACAAAUACAAACUGUUCAGGUAGCAACAAUUGCAGAGACAGAUGAGUCUGCAGAAUCAGAAAGUGUAAUUGAUUUUCAUAAACGCAGAGAAAUCCUUUCACGAAGACCCUCUUACAGAAAAAUACUGAAUGACCUUUCCUCUGAUGUGCCUGGUUUUCCCAAGAUUGAAGAAGAAAAAUCCGAGGAAGAAGGAACGUCACCUAAUAUCGCUGCUAUGGCAGUGCCGACUAGCAUAUAUCAGACUAGCACGGGGCAAUACAUUGCUAUAGCCCAAGGUGGAACAAUCCAGAUUUCUAACCCAGGAUCUGAUGGUGUUCAGGGACUGCAGGCAUUAACAAUGACAAAUUCAGGAGCUCCUCCGCCAGGUGCUACAAUUGUACAGUACGCAGCACAGUCAGCAGAUGGCACACAGCAGUUCUUUGUCCCAGGCAGCCAGGUGGUGGUUCAAGAUGAGGAAACUGAACUUGCCCCAAGUCACAUGGCUGCCACCACUGGUGACAUGCCGACUUACCAGAUCCGAGCUCCGACUACUGCUUUGCCACAGGGAGUAGUGAUGGCUGCCUCGCCGGGAAGCCUGCACAGUCCCCAGCAACUAGCAGAGGAAGCAACACGCAAACGGGAGCUGAGGCUAAUGAAAAAUAGGGAAGCUGCCCGGGAGUGUCGCAGGAAGAAGAAAGAAUAUGUCAAAUGUCUUGAAAACCGUGUGGCUGUGCUUGAAAACCAGAACAAGACUCUCAUUGAGGAACUCAAGGCCCUCAAAGAUCUUUACUGCCGUAAAGCAGAGUGACUGCCUUUGACUUGGGCCUUGUUUGCCCAGAGCUCUAAUCAAGGCAGGAGAUGCAGCAGUCUUACUAAUUGCCAUGUGGACUUGUGGAAGGGACGCUUGUGACCCUUCAGAACCCAGUUUGGCUUAGGGUUUGGAAUCGCAUUGGGAAUGUUGUCCCAGGAUUUGGAACGCCACGAUCACAUUUACCAAGCUUACUUCAGCCUCCCUGUCAGUAGCAUGCAUGUGAAAAAAAAUGUUUUGUUUUUUGCCCUUUUGCUUCUACUCUCUUAUAGGGAAGCUGCUAAAGAAUGUCGACGUCGAAAGAAAGAAUAUGUCAAAUGUCUGGAGAGUCGAGUUGCAGUGCUGGAAGUUCAGAACAGGAAGCUCAUAGAGGAACUGGAAACCUUGAAAGACAUUUGCUCUCCUAAAACAGAUUAGUAGAAAUAUUUAACUAUGAACUGAUUGCAAUAUGUACAGUUGCUUUUGAAGGCAAUACAAUAUAAAGCCGGAAAGAAUUAUGACUUUUUUUUCCCUUUAUCAUUCAUCAUAUUUUCUAAUCUCUAACAUUCCCAAACUGCUUCACUGUACAUAGUUAACUCUUAGCUGUAACUUCAAUUUUUUAAAAGAGGCAAACUGUAAAGAAAAAAAAAAAAGUACGCAACAAAUUCUUAAAAUGCAACAUUUGUAAGGCUUGUUCCAGUGCCACAUAUCUGCAGUUCCCGAUCUCUGUGUCAUGAACAGUGUCCUAUGCAAUAAAAAAUUUUUGCAGGUCUUU